AUGGGUUAUUACUGUAAGGUCUCUGAGGAAGGAGAUGCUAGCCAGGUAAAGAAAGAAGAGAUUUUAUUCGCAAGCGGCAAGCAGACCUUCCGGGCUGAGCCAAAAGAUGGUAUCAGCACCAAGAGGGACCUAACAAUUACCACCUUGGAGCUGGAGGAGGAAGACCAAGACCCUUUUCCGAAUGUGGUAAGGCAACUGUUCAAUAAUAUGUUUGAUAAUAGGUCCUCAAUGUAUUUAAUCAGUGGACCUGGUGUGGAUGAAUAUCCAGAGGUUGGUUUGUUUUCUAUAGAAGAUCACGAGAAUGGAAAAAUAUAUGUUUGCCACUCUGUUGAUUGAGAAACAACAUCAUCUUUUAUGGUUAUUUUUGAUGUUGCGGAUCACUCAACAGGAGUUGUGGGUAAAUCCUUGAUUUUCAACAUUAGGAUCAGUGAUGAGAAUGAUUGCGUAUCCCCGCUUCCUGAGAAGGAAUUUAAAGCCAGCAUGAAACCAAGCUGCAGGUGUCAAUCUAUUUUUCAGAUGUUAACAGUUGAUUUGGAUCAAGAAAACACUCCAAAUUCUCAAGUUCUUUAUUUCCUCAUUUCUCAAACACCAUUACGGAAGGAAAGUGGUUUCCGGAUUGAUUGUAUUAGUGGAGACAUACAGCUCUCAAGAUUACGAGGAGUGGCUCUUCUCCUGGGAGGGGGCCAGCUUCAGCAGCCAAGGGAGGCAGUGGUAAGCGACUGUGUGAGGGUGACGGAUGCCAUUGAUCUGCCAGCCUUCCAUCCCGGCAGCUUCAUCAUCAGCGACGAGGAUGGCACCAGGCCUGGAAUCCAGUGGGGACACUUUAAUGCUGCAGAUUCAGACCGAACUGUAAGCCAGAUAAGAUAUAAACUGGUUCAUGAUCUGGAAAAUUGGGUCACCGUAGGUGAAAACUCAGGAAUGGAUACCAUGAAGCAAAUUGACAGAGAAUCCCCUCCUGUAAAUGAUAGCUUUUAUACAACCAUCGUCCAUGCCAUUGACAAUCUGCAAAUGGGUACAGGGCCCCCAGUGCUCAUCCUGUCUGACAUGAUGACAAUGCUGACUCUCCAGUCCCAUUCCCACUCUGUGGAGAUCUGUGAGUCUGCAGUGAAAAAGCCCCUCCUUGUUGAAGCAGAGGAUGGAGACCUGUACCCCUCCUCAGACCCACUCUCAUUUGAACUGGACCAUACCUGGGGAAGUAUAGAAGACAGCACAGCUCUGCUUUUCCUGCUGUGGUGCUCUUCUGUGUUUGAAUCCAAGAGGCACAGAUGCUCUAGCCCAGGUGAUGAAGGCCACCAGACUGUGCUCAUGUAUAAUGGUGACAGCAAAGCCAUGUCAGCCCAGGGAUAUUUGGCAAUGCCUGGAGACAGUUUUGAUUCCCACAUUGCUGGGUACUGCUGGUACCUGACGUGGCCAGAUGUGGAGGAUCAGAUCCUAGCUCUGUCGGUCAACAAUGCCAUGGUGAGAGCCAAGCUGGGUUCUAAGACUCUGCUGCACGGCUGGCUCUGGCUUCUUCCUGCCCUGGAAGUGUGUUUCCACCCAGGCACUGAAAGGUCGAGCAAAGGAAUGAACAGAGCCUCCCCUCCCACCACACGAAGAGUGAAACGGGAGCAAAUCGCCCUUGACCCGACACUUCACCUGCACCUGCCUCAUGUCUACAGCCAGGAGGGAGGGACAGAUGGAGCCAAAACCCUCAGUCCCCUCACCUUCUCGGAGCAGGAACUGCUACCUGGUUUGCUGGACUGUUUGGGUUCAGCACUACUCCACUUGAAGAAAUACAUUCUGAGUCAUGAAUGUUCUGCUGAGGGAUGGCCUUUGGCUACUGCUGGCCGGUCCAAGCGCAGGAACGGAGGGAGCAUAGCUGUGCUAAUGGAGAUGCUCUCCGCCUGCGGUCUGCAGCCAGAGUUGACUGAGAGCUUGCUGUGCACAUCACUUUGGAUGGCUCAAGGUGGGCCCCAUCGAGCUGAAGAAAAGGUGGCAUUGUCCGAGUGUAGGGGCCCGGAAGGAAUUGGCCAGAAUCUUCAGCGUUAUAAACUGUGUCUUAACAGGUACAGCUCCCUGGAGACAAAUAUGGCAGAAGUGUUUAUGUUUUUGAAGAAAAACUAUUUUGCUGAAGACACCACCAGCCGGGUCUGCAAAAGCCUGUGA